CUAUAUUUGCAAGUGUUAAAAUGAGAGAGCGCCGACAUUUUAAAAAACACAGUUGAAUAACACACAAGGCACGACAAGCAACUCUACAAGAAGGUCGCGUUUCUCCCAGGUUAGUUAAACACAGAACCAGACGCCCCAGACCAAGAUGUCUGCUCCAGUGAUGCGUUCGGCUCAAGUUCCAGCACCUAAGGAACCGCUGAAAAUUGUGGAACAGGCAAUCCCCAAACCACCGCCAGAAGGACUUGUUAUUAAGACCAGUUUCGCUGGCAUUUGUCAUUCUGAUAUCCACCUUUGGGAGAACAAAACAGAAUUAGGCGAUGGAAAAGAAAUGACCUUCCUCAGCGAUCCGCACAACUUUGUACUAGGUCAUGAAAUAUCUGGGAUUGUUCACUCACUGGGAGAUAAAGCGAGUGCUGAUGACCCUGACAUCAAAGUGGGUGACAGAGUUGUGAUCUACUCUUUCAUUGGUUGCCGGAAGUGUGACGUAUGUAGUGGCGGCUCCAAUCAACUCUGUCCAGACGCCAUCAAGGGAACGCUUGGAGCGCAGCAACCCGGGGGAUACGCAACCUACGUCAGUGUCCCUGAGAAAAAGUUUGCCGUCAAAGUGCCCGAAUCGGUUGGCAUGGAUACAGCGGCUAUCAUUGCCUGCAGCGGUGUUACAACUUACCACGGAGUCAGCGUCGUAAAACCAACAUUAGAAGAGCUGCUUAAGCUAAGAGGCAAAACGAAGCUGUUGGUUAUCGGCGCAGGGGGGCUGGGGCUGUGGUGUGUACAAAUAGCCAAGGCCAUUCUGCCGCCAGAUGUCAGAGUGAUCAGCGCCGAUAUUACGACUUCUAAAUUAGAAAUUGCCAAAGCUGCUGGUGCUGAUGAUGUCAUUUUGUGGGAUCCCGCAGUGGAUGAAUCAACACUGGUGGAGCGUACGAAGGAGAUAUCUGGGGGAGGAGUGGACGCCGUAAUUGACCUUGUGAAUAAUGGGAUCACAACCAGCAGAGCUCUCAACUGCUUGAACUAUGGUGGUAUUUUGGCCAUCAUCGGGCUAUUUGGUGGCAGUAUUAAUAUACAGCUUCCAAUAUUUGCCUGCAAGACUCACUGUUUGAGAGGAGUCUACGUUGCCAGUCCACAACACCUGAGAGAACUCGUGAAGCUGGUGGCUGAGAAACAGCUCAAACCACCCCCAAUGUCAUACUUCAGCCUGGACCAAGCCAACGAAGCUUUGAUGAUGCUCAGGGAUGGCAAGAUUAACGGCAGAGCACUUCUCAAAAUGGACGACUGAGAACCAGCGGAAUAUCACGAGUUCUAAGGUGUGUUCAGAGCAGGUCAGACGAAAACCGAGGUUAGGCCGACUAACGUUUACGGAUGAAGUUACUCCAGUUGAGGGCUGACCCGGUCUAAGCGCGCCUGCGUGAUUCACAAGUAACGUUCCGCCUGCCUGAAGUUUUCUACACGCAUGUUGAGAAACUUUUUAAAUCAAAAAGAAAAAGAAUUUAAUAAUAAUAAUAAUAAUUAAUAAGUAGGGCAGUAAUCAAGCCAAAAACAAGGACUGGAGUAAUGACACUCAGAAAUCUGUGUCGUCAUACUUCCUUCAAAACAUGUUAAAAAGAGUAUUAGUUAGAGCAGUUCAAUUAUGUGCACUACCCUGUGUUAUUGCAACGCUUGCUGGUGACUUAACCUUUUAACGUGCAGCUGUUUUCAAAGUUCACAAUACAGUGAUAAAUUGACAAAUGAAAAAUACAAGCUCCAAGUUUGCCUGUUAGACAUUAGACCCUACCUUUGAUACAAAACCAAUGUCAG